AUGUGUUGUCAAUACGGCAAGGGUAAUUACAGCACCGACCGUGAACCACAUCGCUACAUAUGUCACAUUUUGUCCAUUGUUCGUCCAGUGUCCGGAAAUAGGAAGACAAAAGGAUUUCGGCGUGGUCAAGAGCGAAACGAAAAGGCGUGCUCGGGACGUAUCGUGGUCGAUGAGUGCCAUCUUGGUGCCAUCCAUCCACCCAGUCCGCCCUACUUGGUUCCUUCAAUCAUGGUUUGGGGGUAUCCCACUCCGCUCAGUGCUUUCAACGAUCUAGAUGCGCUGCUGGAGAAAAGACCAAGCAAUUACCCUGAGGAUAUCGCAUACGAUGAAAUGCACGAGGCUCUGAUGAGUUACGUCGAGGAGUACUGGCCGGACGUUUACGCCCAGAUCCCCAAGGAUGGCCGAUACUACUGGCCUAAGAUCAUCAUGGACGAUACCCCGGACGAGGACCUUGGUGUCAACUCUCGAGGCAAAACUGGCUCAGAUCCUUUAGACCCCCUAGACGAAGAUGACUCUGGUAGUGCAAGUAGUGAAUCGAGCGGCGAUGACGUUGUUCCACCAUAG